ACGACAGUCUUGAGCUUACCUUCGCCAAACGAACACGAGCCUUCUCUACGAAAUCGCACUCUUAUUAAGGCGGUUCAUUUACGGUCCAUCAUAGAGAUUAAAGUUGUCACAAAAUCUUACGAUUAAAGACAAAACGAUACUUCAGGAGUAUCGAAAAAAUGUGGAGAAUCCGAGAUAACAUAUUGAUCCAAUUAAGCUUCAUUUGCUUCUUUGUAAUUUACGUACAUACCGUCGUAUGUAGCCUAUCGAUAGCAACGAUUCGAAAUGGCACCUUGAUAGGUAUAACAAUGCACACAAGACUUGGAAGAGACAUUCAUGCGUUCUUGGGAAUUCCUUAUGCUGCACCGCCGAUCGGAGAACUCAGAUUCGCGCCGCCGCAACCCGCAACCGCCUGGAACGGCAUACGAGCGGCUGUAGAAAACGCCGAAAUAUGUACGCAACGGAAUAUCUAUACAUAUCAGGAAGAGAUCGUCGGCGGCGAGGAUUGUCUUUAUCUAAACGUGUAUACGCCGCGCAUUCCUUACUCCGAAACAUCGUUGCUUAUCGCCCAUCGAUAUCCGGUUAUGAUCUGGUUCCACGGUGGCGGAUGGCUCACAGGGGCCGGUCACUCUGAAUUUUAUGGGCCCAAGUUUCUGUUAGAUCACGAUCUCGUCCUCGUCACCAUAAAUUUUCGACUCGGUCCACUGGGAUUUUUAAGCACGGAAGAUCUAGAGUGCCCGGGAAAUCUUGGAUUGAAAGAUCAGCAGCAAGCCAUGCGAUGGGUGCAGGAGAAUAUUGUUUCCUUCGGAGGUGAUCCAAACAGAGUAACUCUCUUUGGUGAAAGUGCGGGAGGCGCAAGUGUUCAUUAUCAUAUGAUCAACCCUAUCUCGCAAGGUCUUUUUCACCGCGGUAUUUCGCAAAGCGGUAAUUUUUACAAUCCAUGGACUUUAACGCCACCGAAAUUUGCCAAAGAAAAGGCCAUGAUCUUAGGUAGAAAUUUAAGUUGCAAUACCGACACUUCUGCAGAACUCAUCAAAUGUUUGCGAACAAAAGACGCAACGGAGAUUAUCGGCACUGAUCGUCUUUUCCAGCACUUUGGUUAUUGCCCAAUGAUACCUUUCAAACCAGUGAUCGAACCUAAACAUGCAGGUGCUUUUCUGACGGAGCAUCCAUUAAUUUCCGUGAAACAAGGUCGAUUAGUUGAUAUACCCUGGAUGACGGGAACAACAUCAGAAGAAGGAACCCUUAAAGUACCAGGUAUUUACGGACGAGAUCAGGGUGAACAUGUAAAGAAGUUGAAUAAUGAUUUCAAUAAUAUCGCACCUCUCAGCUUAUUUUACGAAGAGCGAUACGGCAUUCGAGAUAGGCAAUUUCGAGAUGAGAUAAGCGCUAAAAUACGCACGUUCUAUUUUGGCAAUAAAGACAUCGAUCAAUCUGACGAAGCUAGGUUCAAAGUCAUUGAUAUGUACAGCGAUGCAUGGUUUAAUCACGGUACUCAUGAAGCCAUCAAAGAUUUUAUUGCAAAUCAAACUUCACCAAUCUAUUAUUACUAUUUCGCGUAUAAAGGAAGCGCGUCUUUCAGCUGGAUAUUCGGUGAUACCGAGAAGAAUUACGGAGUGUCGCACGCGGACGAGCUGCAGUAUUUGUUCCCCGUGGGUGAACAAUUGUUUAAAGAUACGGAAUUGUCCAAGGAGGACCACAAGAUAAUCGAUAUCAUGACCGACCUCUGGUAUAAUUUCGCAAAUUCCGGAAAUCCAACGCCAAAGGUCACAAAGUUAAUUUCUUUAAAGUGGAAACCGGUGAAAACAAAUUCUUCACUGGAGUAUCUAUACAUAGGAAAUUCGACCAAUGUAAUUAUGGAAAAAAAUCUUCUUUGGGAGAGAAUGAUGUUUUGGAACAAGUUAACACAUCAAAUGAAGUUCCAUGGUGCGGAUUUCAAGAAUUUUAAGGAUGAGUUGUAAUUCUCAGUUUUAAAGUCUGCAUAGAUAUUUAUAAGUUGUGCACAAAGAUCUUUUAGUGAUUAUAAAAACAUCAAAGUGUUGAGAUUUCUUAUGAAUUUUUAAAAACUGAUUUUUUUAAUUUAUUUUGUAAAAUAUUCAUGAGAGAGAGAGAGAGAGAGAGAGAGAGAGAGAGAGAGAGAAACAGAUAGACAGACAGAGAGACAGACAGAAAGAGACAGCAGAGAUUUUAAUUAAAAUUUUAUAAAUACGCGUUUAAAGUAAAAUUAUAUAAUAUUUAUGCUGUUCAAACGCAAUUUAAAUUUUAUUUUUUAUUAACUAGAUUUUCUGUGAGAAAAUACGUACGCAUUUAUACACUGCGAAUGGACCGCGCUUCUGCGAUAACUUACCUUGUAUGUUAAACUUGUUAUUCGAUAUAAUACUAUUUAAUAAUCAUUAACUUUAAUUAUUUUAUUAUUAUUACAAUAAUUAUUAAUUAUUAAUUAAUUAUUUUAUUAUUAUUAUAUUAACAAAAUUUUAUCUAUGAAAAGGCGAGUUUAUACUAUUUUGAAAAACUACCGACAAGUAAUAAUAACACUCGAUACUUGACAUCAUAACAAAUAUGUCAUAUAAAUAACUUAUAAAAUCGUUAAUAAGUGUUUUACCAGUCGGUAAACAUAAACAAAUAUUUAUAUAUAUUUAAAUUAACCUUCACACUGAUUUAAAAGUAAUAUUUCUCAAAAAGCAAUUCAUCGCCUGUAUCUCUUCGAUUUGUUUGCGAAAAUAAAAAUACCAAGCAUUAUUUACUUUUAAAGACUGUUCUAGGUUAAACUUGAAAAAUUUUACAUUCAUUAAGAUGGAGACAGAUAUGCUAAAAUAUAUAUUCUAAUAUUCUAAUAUUAUUUCUUAUUAUUAUCAUCUUAAUAUCAUUUUAACAGCAAAAUGUUAUUACGCAUAAAAAAUGGACGAUUAAACGUAUACGACAGAAUAGAAUAGAA